GGUUUAAGGAUUUAGAUCAAUCUGGAAGAGAAGUGAUGGGAAGGGGAAAGAUUGUGAUAAGGAGGAUUGACAAUUCAACGAGCAGGCAGGUGACGUUUUCGAAGCGGAGGAAUGGAUUGUUGAAGAAGGCCAAGGAGCUGGCGAUCCUGUGCGAUGCUGAGGUCGGAGUCAUGAUCUUCUCCAGCACCGGCAAGCUCUACGAUUUCGCAAGCUCCAGCAUUAAGUCUGUGAUCGAUAGAUACAACAAGACAAAAGAGGAGCAUCAUCAAUUUGGCAACCCGGCUUCUGAAGUUAAGUUAUGGCAAAGGGAAGUAGCAAUGCUAAGGCAACAACUUCACAGCUUGCAAGAGAGCCAUAGGCAAUUGAUGGGUGAAGACCUUUCAGGUUUGACAGUGAAAGACUUGCAGAAUCUGGAGAACCAAUUGGAAAUGAGUCAUAGGGGUGUCCGAAUGAAAAAGGAUCAACUUUUAAUGGAUGAAAUACAAGACCUAAACAAAAAGGGAAACCUGGUUCACCAAGAAAAUGUUGAGUUGUAUAAGCAGGUUUAUGGAAUAAGGGAUGUAAGUGGAGCAAAUACAAAUCCCUUUUUGCCAAAUGGUCUAGACAUUGGAGAGGACUCACAUGGGCCAGUCAGUCUCCAGCUUAGUCAGCCACAGCAGCAAAACUAUGAAGAACCAGCAAAUGCUACAAAGCUGGGCAGACUAUAGCUACAUUAGCAACGGUGAUGCAUCAGAAUAGGAUGAUGUUACUUCACUUUAUCAAGCACAAGGCUGGUGCGUACAACUUUACAUUUCUAUCACAGAGAUGUGAUAGAGGUCCACAGACCCUUAAGUUGAAAAAAAAAACAAUUAUUUUCAUGUGUGUAACGAUCAAUGAAACAACUUAUAUAUGUAAAGAAGAGUUUUAUAUAUAAGUUCAAA